AAUUAUUACAAGAACAUGAAAAACUUAAGAUUGAACAUCAAAAAAGAAAAGAAAAUGAAGAAAAAGCCAAAGAGAAAGUUAAUAAUUCUUCGAAUAAGUUAACUGAAAUUGAAAAGAAAAUUAACGCUUGUUUAAGAAAAUUUCAAAUAAAAAUCAAUGAAAAUGAUAGUUUAGAAACCAAAUUAGACAAACUUCAAACAAAAAACCAU